UUGAAAGUUCUGAAGUGGGAAGUCGGUCAAACGUUGACCCUAUUCAAUAUUUCUAUUUAUCGUGUAGCGAUAUUUAUUCUAAAAGUGUUCUAAAAAUUAACUUAUAUAUUUAGUGAUAUGCCUGUAGUGAUUUGUAUUUGAAAAAGUGUAUAUUUACUUUUUUGCAAUUUGUUUGAUGAAUACGUCACAGCGCCAUGUUGUAUUCCUGCGCUGAUUGCAGGCACGAGAAAUCUGCCAACCCGUUUAUUUUUCGGGAUUAGUUCCCGAGAAUAAAUCGAACUGCGAUUUUGUACUCAAAUAUAUUUUAAUUUAUAUUUGUUGGCAAAUGUCAAACAACUUUAGUGAAAUCGAUGCAUCGCUGUUGUCGCAUUUUGAGUGUUAACUCUUAAUUUCAACUGCAGUUUAGUGCAUCCGCGAAAGUUGAAAGGACUGUGUUGUAAAAGAAAGAAGUAAUAAUUAGCCAAAAUUCCGGUCCCUACGCGCAGACGAGAAGGUGCCUACCCACCGGGGCAGUCAGGCGACGGAGAUAUGAACAGUAAACGCAAAGGCCGUCAAGGGCCGCCGAGGUCCCCGAGAAGCCGCGUAGUGCCGGAUGGCGUGUACAACAACGCGCACUUCAUGCACGCAGCUACCACACACGUUGGUGAUAUAGUUCAAGUGCUAACCAAAUCUGGCGGAGUCUGGGAGGGUGUCUUCAAGACAUUCAGUGCACAGUUUGAGGUGGUGUUAGAGAUGGCUCACCGCGUGGAUCAAGACGGCGUGGUGCCAGUGGAUUCGGUAGUCGAUAAAUUGAUCUUCAAACCCCAAGACGUGGUCUCCAUCCGGGCGAAGGAUUCGGACCUGGAGUACGCCACGCACGAUGUGUUUCAGACUGAUAGUGCGAUAUCCAGUAAAUUUAAUGGCAACGGGCGCUCUGCCGAGGAACGGCAGCUGGAGCCGUGGGACGGCUGCGACGGCGACGGCGGCGACUCGCCGUCCCUCAACGGCGACGCUCGCCUCGAGGACCUCGAGCUGGACCACCGCGCCAACGGCUGGGACGCGAACGACAUGUUCAGAAAGAACGAGGAAGUGUACGGCGUCCACAGCACGUACGACCACUCGCUGGCCGGGUAUACCGUACAGUUGCAGAAAAAGGAUACCCAAGACUAUAGAGACGCAGAAGCAAAGGCUGAAGAGAUAGCUGCAGAAAUAGAAAAUACUCCCUCGUAUAAGAAUCGGAUCGAGGCAGAGAACGGCGACGAGGAGGCAGCGUUCGCGGCCGUGUUGCGGACGCCAGAUGGCGCUUCCGCCGCCGGGAAAUACGUCAUACCUAAUAAGAGAAAGAAUAAUAAUAUACAGGGCGGGAAACUGGUGAAGCCAGUGAGCAACAACGGCGGCUCGUCGCCGAACUCGAGCAAGCCGUACGCGGCGCCGCCGCCGGCCGCCGUGUCGCCCGCGCCGGCCGCGCCCGCGCCGGCCGCGUCGCCGCCCGCCGCGCCGCCCGCCGCCUCGCACGCCGCCUCGCACGCCGCCUCGCACGCCGCCUCGCACGCCGCCUCGCCCGCCGCGCCGCCCAAGGACAAGGACCAGCCGCGUCCGCCGCGUCCGCAUCUCACGCCGCCCGCCGACCGCCGCCAGGACGACGCGGUGGGCGCAGCGGCGGCUAGUGCAGGCGGUGCAGGCGGUGCAGGCGGUGCAGGCGGUGCAGGCGGCAAGAGCUACGCGGCGCAGGCGGGCGGCUACCACGCGCCCUUCCCGCACGCGCACCACGCGCCGCACGCGCCGCACGCGCCGCACACGCACGCCCACGCACACGCACACGCCGCACACGCCGCCCACGCCGCGCACGCCCACCACCAGCCGCACAGCGGCGGCAGUAAUGCGGCCAGCGGCGCGGGCGCAGCCGUCGCGGCGGCCGCGGGCGCGAGCGCCGGCAAACUCAACGGGACACACCCGAGGCAAAGUUUUCCGCCGCACCACCACCACAACCCGAGCAGUGCAGCCGCUGCGGCGGGCGCGGCCGGUCGCCACCACGCGCCGCCCGAGCCGCGCCGCGCCGACGACGUGCAGGAGUUGCGCCGUUUUGGACAAGAUUUCAAGUUGGUGUCGACCGCUGCGCCGCCCCAGCAGCCGCCGGCCAAUCCGCCGCCGCUGCAGCCGCCGCCGGCCAGCAGCCCGCCGGAGGUGUCGGCCAACGCGGGCGCCGUGUCCGAGCCGCACAAGCAGCGGCCGCCGCGUCCGCACUCGCCCGCCGCGCGCACGCGCACUCCGCCAGUACCGACGACGCCGGCAGCGCCCGAAGCGACCGGAUCGGAGCGAUCAGGCUCAGCGUCCGGCUCGGCGUCGGGCUCGGGCUCAGGCUCAGGCUCGGGCUCGGCGUCUGCGUCGCCGGAGUCGGCGUCACCGCCCGCCGCCGCGUCGCCAGGCGUCAGCGCCACCCUCAAGAAGUCCACGCUGAACCCCAACGCGAAGGAGUUCAACCCCGCCGCCAAGCCGUUCACCCCGCGGAGUCCCAGUACGCCGAACCCCAGCCGCCCGCACACCCCGGCGACGCCGGUGGGCGGCGUGGGCGUAGGCGGUAUGGGCGUGGGUGGCGUGGGCGUGGGCGUGGGGCUGGGCGGCGUGGGCGUCAUGGGCACCGGCGUCAGCUACGUGCCCGCGCCGCACCCCGCGCCACCGCAUAUGGUGACUGCGAUGCCGGCGUACGCGAUGGUGGCAGCGCAGCAGCCGCCCGCAUACCUACAGCACACACACCCCAUGGAGAUGGGAUGCGAUUGCCGUCAGUACGCGCAGCCGCUAUUCCUCGUGUCCGACAAACGUGACCGCGCAGACGCGCUCGCGUACGGUGCGGCGAUGGGGGGCGGCGCGGGCGUGGCGGGGGGCGCGGGCCAGCACGGCCCCCUGCAGCCCGGCCAGCAGAGGAACUUCCGGAAGGUGGGCGUGGGGUCGGGCGUGCAGGUGGCGGCGGCGACGGGGCAGCCGCUGCUGGCGCCGGCGCCCAUGCAGCAGUUCGUGCCGUACCCGCACCCGCACCCCGCGCCGCACGCCGCCCACGCCGCCCACGCCGCCCACGCCGCGCACGCCGCCCACGCCGCCCACGCCGCGCAGCCCGCUCUGCAGUACCAGCACAUGAUGCGCAUGUACGGCGGCGGGGUGGGCGGCGUGGGCGGCGUUGGUGGCGUGGGCGGCGUGGGGUCGGGCGUGGGCGUGGGUGGCGAGGUGGGCGUGGGCGUGGGCGUGUCGGGCGUGGGGUACGCGCCGCCGCCCGCGCCGUCGCCGGCGGCGGCCGCGUCGCCCGCGCUGUACCCGCCGCCGUCGCCCGCGCACACGCCGCACCCGCACCCGCACCAGCACCCGCACCCGCACCCGCACCCCCACCACCACUACCAGCAGCCCCCCUACCAGGUGCUGUGCCCACUGAUGGGCCCGGGCGCGGGCGCCCACCACCACCUGCAUCACCACGUGGCCUACCACAACCAUGCGCCGCCCACCGCCAGCCCGCCGCACCACCCACAUCCACAUCCCCACCCCCACCCCAUACAGCAGGUGCUGCUGCCGCCGCAGCACCAGGCGGCGGGCGGCGCCAGCACGCCGGCCGCGCACCACGCCGCGCACCCGUAACGCCCGCGCCCGCCACACCCGCCACACCCGCCACGCCCGCCACGCCCGCCACACCCGCCACACCCGCCACACGCGCCACACGCGCGCCGCCGCCGCACACGCCCGCCGUGCUAGGCCGACGCCACCGCCGC